CUUGAGUGCCAGAGCCGUUCGGUCGGUUUGCCACCGGAAUGUGCACCGUCUCCGCGCACGGUUGCUCGUGCUCAGGCCGGUGUGAAACCGACGGCAGACCGUUAUAGGAAGCAGGCCGUGGGUCGUGGAAAAAAACGGAGCGGCGCAUCGACAACCAACUCGUUCUGUGCGAAUGAUCCAUCUGUCGGACUUUCCAGUUCGGAGAUUUCCGGUUCGAGUUCUGAACCCGGAGCCGGCCACGUUCACAUGGUUCGCAGGCGAUCGCAUCCCAUCGUUCAUCCGCCUUGUGAAAUCCCGUUUUGUGAGACCUGUCGCCAAAUGGACGCAGAUAUGGCAGCCGCCGCCGUGUCUGCAUCCACUAAUGCCACGGAUGGGACAAAUCAGCAACAUAGUCCAUCCCCACAGACACCGGCUUCUGAUGAUGAUGAAUCCCGGUCGUGGAUAUUCAAACAACUUCCUGGACCUUGGUGGUGGUGUGAAGAUUGCCAAGCUCUGGUCAGCUCACCCGAGAUCACGAUUGCACAUUUAUUUGCGGUGCUACGCCAGUGGACUCCGUAUGCUCAGCUUCAACUAAUCACUAUAGUGGAUGAGGUAAGUGUUUUUAUUUCAUGCUCUCCUCUCGAACAUGGUUACCUCAAAACAGCUAACAUGUUUAAAACGGUGCUAACCAACAGUCCUUGA